UCUUUACAAACAUAUUUUCGUUUCUCGAUUAUUUUACCUCCGAAUUGUAGAAACUUUCCAUGGGAAAGAGCUUUGAAGGCAAUAAACUUGUUUUUCUACUUGCAGUUAGAAAUAAUCAUCCAAGAUGAGAAUUGUUUGCGCUGCGUUAAAUUGCAAAUAUUCUUCAGAAAACGAGGAUUCCUCGAGUGUCACUUUUAUCAAUUUUCCCAACAAUGACACAGCUAAAGUAUGGGCAGAAUGUUGCGGCAGAUCGGAUUUAGCUACAAAAUCAAAUGCAGAAUUGCAUUUAAAUUAUUACAUUUGUUCUCAUCACAUUGAAGAUCGCUGUUAUAUAAGCAAAACUAUUCCCAUUGUUGUAGAAGAAGGGACCAUUCCCACUUUAUUUGGGACUGACUUGACUACUGAUGAUGAAGACUCAAUAAAUAUGUUUCAUAAGGCACAGCAACUCCAAGAAAUAGAUGACAAUAUGCCUUUAACAUAUUGCGAUAUGAAUGUCGAAAUAGACGAGUAUCAUAAUAUCUCUGUCAAACUUGCCAAUUUCUGUCGAAUCUGUGGAACAUCCACUUUGGAUGGAAUAGAUAUCUUUGCAACCAAGGGCAUAGAACUUAAAUUAAAAGAAAGAAUAAAUUUACAUAUGCCUAUCUCGAUUGACAUAAACGAUUCAUUACCACGGAAAGUAUGUACUGAUUGCUGUAAUAAAUUGGAAGUUACACAUUCAUUAGUUGUCUCAUGUCUUAGAACUGACAUGCGCUUAAAACAAUUUCUAAAUAUUGACAGAGAGCCAGAAUACGAAAAUAAGUACAAUGCAUUGAUUGACGAAUGUUCCUUAGAGAUAGUCCAAGAAAUGUGUAUGGAUGAUAAUUUGCAUCCUAAUUCAUUUACUAUAAAUAAAAUGAUAAACUCUGAUGAAAGUUUACGAGAAUUAGAAAAUGGAGAAUGUACUGAAAUACAGAAUAAUAAUUUUCAAAGCAUUUCGAAAAAUGUGCCGUUAGAACUAAAUACUCUAAUCCAAACUUGUAGAGAAGUUAACAGUAAAAAUAAUGCAAGUGAGACUAUCACAGAAGAGAUAUUAAAUUUGCAACAAGAUAAGAUUCAAAAUGGAAGUCUUAGUGUUAUAUGUCUACAGUGUCAAACUUUCUGUGAAACACAGGAAAUAUUUGAAAAUCAUAAAAUAGUUUGUAAUAAGAAACAAGAUAUCUCUGAACAUGUAGAUAUGUGUAAAACUGCAGAAAACGGAAAUCAGCAACUUAAUCGUAAAAUAGAAAAUUUCCAGACACGCAAAAAAACAUUUGAUGGUAAGCAAGUUACUGAUACAAACAGCGGAUCCGUGCAUUGUACUGUUUGCAACCAAGCGUUUAAAUGUCAGCAGGAUUAUGAUAAUCACAAACAUCUUCAUGAAAAUUUUACUGAAAUGAAUAAAAGAUGUGGUCAUUGUGAAAAAGUGUAUCGUAACAAAAAAAACUUGUUAAUACAUAUUAUGGAAUCGCACGAGGGACGAUUAUUAUUUAAGUGCUUUACAUGCGAUAAAACAUAUGAGAAGUGGUCUAGUUUAGAUAUUCACGAAGCUACUCACAGAGUAGAUAAACCCUAUCUUUGCGAUCUGUGUGGAAAAAGUUUUAAGCAUUCCAAUAAUUUAAGGGGCCAUAAAAGAAUUCAUUUGGAUGAAGCUAUAAAGAAAAGACAUGUGUGUGAGAUCUGUGGCAAUGCGUUUAGAUCACGAUUUCAUUUGCGAGAACAUAUGAAUCAGCACGAUGAUAAUAGACCCUAUUGUUGUGAACAAUGCGGCAAAGCUUUUUACAAAAGGAUUCAAUUGCGACAGCACAAAUUAUCACAUGGCUCUAAUAGGCAUACAUGUUCAAUUUGCGAUGCAACGUUUAAUCGUAGAGGGAACAUGAUCGCACACAUGAAACGGCAUAAUAACGAUAAUGGAGGAUAUAGAUGUAGUGUUUGUACCUACAAAUGUAAAUCUAUGAGCGAAUUAAAGAUACACAGGAAAAACCAUACCGAGGAGGAAAUAGUGGACAGCAUUAAGAAGAAAUGUACCGAUAAGGAGAUAUGGCGUUGUAACAUUUGUAAUAAAAUAUUCUCGAAGCGCGCCGUCUUGUUAAAUCACGAGCGCGUACAUGGAGACGAUAAGUUUUAUGAAUGUGAUGAAUGCGGCAAGAAAUUAGCAAGUAAAAGUUCGUUAAUGUAUCAUAAGAAAUCGAAGCAUUUGAGAGAGAAGCCGCAUAUGUGUCAUUAUUGCGGAAAUUCGUUCGUUUCGAGAGAGGCGCGGCUGAUUCAUGAAAGGAUACAUACCGGUGAACGCCCUUACAUUUGCAAGGUGUGCAAUACGCAGUACAGAUGUUCCAGUAAUCUUAGCCAGCACAUGAAGAUCCACACGGGUCUGAAGCCGCAUAAGUGCCAUUUUUGUGACAAAGGUUUUACGCGUAAAGGCGCGCUAACCAUACACGAGAGAAUCCACACGGGUGUUAAACCUUAUUCUUGCGAGACCUGUGGUAAAAGCUUCUCACAGAAGAAUGACAUGUUAAGGCAUGCCAAACGCACAACUGCAGAUGGAUGCAGCGCGGUUACUGUAACUAGAUCUUUAAACAAAAAUAAAAAUAUGUUAAAGCACACUGUGAUGCACGAGCAAGACUCCUUAGUAAUUUCGAAUAUCAAUGCAUGACACAUUCUUCAAGUUUAUGUUAACAAUGUCUCUUCGGACAUUAAAUAAUUUUAGUAGUAAUGACGAUAAUUGUAUGUAUAUAAUAUAAUAGAUGAAAGCAUCAAAACGUAUAAAGAGAGCAAAUUAAAAUCCAUCUCUGUCAAGAUAUUAUCGAAAAAGUUUCCUGAUUAGUACAAGUUCUUCAAGAAUGCAAGAAAUUAUCGAAUUUUGACUGAAAAUAUUUAUAAGAAUGGAAGCUUUAAGUUACUAGCGAAGGAAUGACAAUAUAGAGACAUUCUAAGAAUAUAGAUACAAGUCAGAUAAGAUUAUUUUAUACUGAUAAAACAGUUUCUGUCUGGUUAUACUACUCUUAUUGGAGAUAUGCAUUGUUGAAAGACUGAUGUGCUUGCUAUCCAGAAACAAAGAAAUUUUAUGUGAUUGCAAGUGACAGAAAUUGAAUAUGUUAAUAUUUUCUCGAUAUGUGUUCGAAAAGCUGCAUAUCAGGCUUCGUAUAGAUCAUAUCUGAUUUAUGAUGAUUUGAUGGAGUCUGAUGCUGGUAUUUUCAUAAAAAAUAUUGUAG